AUGCCCGACCUCAACUCAGUCCCUCCAUCGCCGCAUUCUCUCGCUCUCUCGCGUCGACAGUCUUCACAUCAAAUGGCUCCGCCUCCAAAUCCCGCCGCUUCGUCGUCGCAGUCCUCGUCCAUCAACAUUCUGCCCUCGAAUCAGAAUGCCGUGAACCAUGGUCAUAGCAACAGCAACAGUCACAGCCAUAGUCGGGCUACGAGCUUGAGCCAACCUGGCCCUCAUGUCGCCUCGUCGUCUGCGUCGCCCCAGCUGACCGCUGCCCAGCCUUUUCAAGCUCAACCGCAACCUCUAGCUGGUGAUUCGGGAGUUGGGCCUGGGCCGGGCCCAUUGAGGCAUCCUCGUCCAUUGACCACCUCCGAGUUGCACAUGCAGCUCGAGAAGGAGCAGGAGGCAGUGGUGAACCGAUUGACUCGUGAGCUUUCCCUUCUUCGAGCUGCGCAAAAUGCUUCUGUUGUAUCCAACACAUCGUCGACGUCCGCCUCAGCCUCGACGCACGAUGCCAUUACCGAAUCCUCUCUUCUUUCCGGCUCAGGCUUCACAAUUCCCACCACUCGUCGACAUCAUCGUAAUUCGUCGUCUGCUUCUCAAAACCAUGGCUUGCAGCAACUGGCAUCUUCAUACGAAGCGAGACACCCCGUUCCGCGACCAACACAAUCGAUCCCUCUUUCUCGACAAAGCUCCCACUCCCGAAUUAGCCGUACCAACUCCCCCGGACCACAGCAGAAUACCUUGGAUCCAUCCAGUUAUUUUCACAGCCAGCGAGUUCCGCACGCUUCGUCAGUUGCAAUGAGUUCAGUUGCCGCAACCCCGGGCAGCGGUAGUUUUACGGACCAGAUGAGUCCGGGUCUUAUGCCAGCGACUAUGAGAUAUGAAGAAACUGCAUUUUAUAGAAACGAACUCGAGACGGCCAAGAAGGAAAAUGAAACACUAAAGAGACGCAUUAGAGAUUUGGAGCGAAUGGUUCAGAAUCGCCGAACAAGCGACGCACCCCGCCCGCGAAGCGAUAGUGUUAGUACCACGGCCAGUGUGAGCGUUGCUCCAUCAGGUGGCGUCAGUAUCGCUGGCCCUCGCGAUAGCACUAUUCCCCAACGACCAGAGCGCGAACGUGGAAUGACUACACAGAGCAUCACGAGUACCUCUGGCAGCGUUGCUGUAGGCGUGCCGGAUGAUGAGGUCAAAGUGGGCGAGAGCGCCGCGAGCUCAGGCUUGGCCAGGGAACAGUCGUAG